AUGGGCAACUGCCUACGAAAACAAGGUGAUUAUGACGAUUGUGACAAUGAUAAUCAUAUUAAAGAAGCAAAAGAAAGAUCAAAAUGUUCUUUUGCCAGCUUACUGAGAAUUAUGUGGUCUAGACGUUGUCCUCAAAAUCCUUCAACACAUUCUAAUAUAAAAUCUGUGAGCGGUACACAAUUUCCAAGUUCGUUUAGAUAUAUCGAUGGCAGGAGAUAUCACAAUGAUGAGAAUUCGAAAUAUCCAUUACCAAAUGAUGAUGAUGAGAUAAAUCGAUUGCAAUCUCAACAUUAUUUGUUUAGACAUGCUUGGAGUGAAAAUUUCUCAUCACCGGUUGAAGAAAUUCUUAGAAAUGGUGGUGUGCGUGUAUUGGAUAUUGGGUGUGGCCCAGCGACUUGGAUCCUUGAAAUGGCGAGUGAAUACACGUCGUCUUCGUUUAUUGGGAUCGACCUUUCACCUGUUUUUCCAUCGAAUAUCAAACCACAAAAUGUCCAAUUUUAUCAGAUGAAUGUGUUGGAUGGCCUUCCGUUCGAAGACAAUUCUUUUGAUUUUAUAUACCAACGAUUCAUGGGAUUGGCACUGACUGAAGAACAAUGGCCAAUUCUACUUUUAGAACUUGUCAGAGUGACAAAGCCUGGUGGUUGGAUUGAAUUUAUGGAAUGUGAUUUUCAAUUUGAUAAUGAAGGGCCAAUUUCAUCGCGCGUUAAUAAAGCAGCACAAAUGUAUCUAAAAUCACAAGGAAUAAAUGCGUCUAUAUGUUCCCACAUACCGCAAUUUAUGGCCGAUGUACAAAAUUUGAUUGAUAUUGAAAAAAAACACAAGUCUACGCCAUUGGGACGAUGGGGGGGCCUAAUUGGAGAGUUGGCCAGAGAAAACAUAAUCGGUCUGAGUCGGUCUUUGAAACCAGUUUUAUUUCCAAUUCUCAAAGAAACUUUUGGAGAUAUCGAUUUUGAUUACGAAUCAAUCAUGAAAGAAAUAGUAGAUAAUGAAGUUAACCACUACAUGUCUAGUAUAAAGUCCACUAGAUUUUAUGGAAGAAAGAAAAUUGCU